ACUGUCGGCUGCCAACAGGGCGGAAGUUGAAAAUCAAAACAUUCGCAGACGAUAAAAACCAAACAAAUCUCGCCUCAGAAGAGCCGUAGGGCGUUUGGACGGUCGGCAGAAGUCCUCGAGACUUUGAUGCUCUCGGCAUCAUGUUUGCCAAACUGAAGCAGAAGCUAGCGGAGGAGGAGGGGUCAAAGGUCAUGCCCCCCGCCGAGGGCCGUAAGAGCUUCGGAAUGCCGGGCCACGCCUCUCCAGUAGGGCAUGCUGGGAGAGCGGGGAACACUGGAGCCGGGAUGUCUCCCAGUAGCAGCCAGACUGACCUGACCAAGGCUGUGACUAAGGAUGCUACAAAAGAGGAGGUUUUGACUAUGCUGAUCAGGAGAACAGACCAAGUCAAGAGACUAGAGGCCAAACUCAACGAGUACAUCUCAUCACUGAAAGAAGUGACAAAGGCAAAGGACAAACUUCAACUUGCACUGGAGAACACACAAGACAGCAUGGCAAAAAAGAUCCAGGAUAUGAAUGAGAGCUACCAAGCGGAGCGAUCCAAGAUGGCAGAAAACAUGAACUUGGCUUUAGACAAAAAGGACAAGGAAGUCAAAGAAGCCAUUGAUGCAGUUGAGAAGGAGAAGGCAGCUCUGCAGAAGCAGGUAGCAGCAGCAGCAGAGACCACAGCUAAACUGUACCAGCAGGAGGAGGACAAGGAAGAACUGGAGGGGUUCCAGACACAGGAGCUGGCCAAGGUCAAACAUAUGUUGCUGAACAGUCAAGAAGAACUGAGCAAGUGCCAAGCAGAGCUGCAGCAGAAGUCAGAGAAGAUCACCAGCCUGGAAACACAGGCUGCCGAGGAUAGCAGGAAAACACAGCAGGCUGAAGCUGAAGUAACCAGGCUAAAAGAAGACCUGGAGACUUUGAGAAAAGAAAGAGACACUUGUAAGUUGGAGAAUAAGAAACUUGAUGAGUUGGCCAGGACAGUAGAAGACAAUCAUGCCACACUUGAGGACAAUCUACAAUCUCUUAACAAACAGUUACAGGAACAAGUAGCCAACUUCUCCAGUCUCCAGCGUGUGCACAAUGAACUCAAAGACGACUACGACGCUCUUAAGAGAACUAAUGACGUUUUCAAACAUAAGUGUGAAACCCAGUUGGAGGAGAAGGAUAAUGAAAUCCAGCACCUCCAGGAGAAAGUGUCCACCUUAAACAGGAGACAGGACCAAGAGGACAUGUCUGGGGAUGAAAAACUACAGGCUCUCAUCGAGGAGAGAACACAGCUGGAGUUGAGACUGGAGGAGGCUCGUCAGCAGCUAACAGACAUCAAGAGUAACUGGAGUGAGAAAAUCAACAGUCUGGAACUACAGAUUGCCAACCUGAAUAGCAAGAUGGCAGAGGACAGCGCAGAAUUAACAAGAAGUGAGAAAGAAGCAGAAUCACAAAGAACUGCUUUCCAAAAGAAGGUGUCUGAGUUGGAAAGUAAACUACGGGAGUCAGAAAAGCAGGCAGCAGACAACGACAGAUUAGCCAAUGAGAGACAAGAACAGAUAGAUCAACAGAAAACACAACACAGCACAGAACUGAGCAGGGUCCAACAACAGGCUGCCGACACACAGAGGCACCUACAGGACAAGGUCAACUCUCUGGAACAGAAGGUCACAGAACUGGAGACCGCCAGAGAAUUUGACAAGACUAACUCACAACACAAACUGACCCAGUUAGAAAACCUGAAAGAAGAGUAUCUAGAAAAAGAGCUAGAAGUGGAACAUCAAAUGAGCAGGCUGGAGGAGGAGAAAGAACAGCUCAAGGUGGAGGUAAGCAGGCAUGAGAAGGAGAACUUACAGCUGGCUCAUGCUUUGGAAGAUGCCAAGAUUUUAGCGGAGGACCUUAAGAAACAAAUGUCAUCAAAGGAGGAGGAAUUGUCUUCCCUGAAAGAUCAGGUUACUGAAAUGGAAACUACAACAACUGAGACUGAAGAUGAGCUAAGGGAUGUUUCAAAGGAGCGUGACCACCUGCGUUACCUGGUGUCGAGCCUGGAGCUGGAGAAUAACGUGAUCCCUGACCUCCAGCAGCGCCUGGAGGACCUGGAGCUGCAGACAGACAGACAACACACCACCAUCAGGGACCAGGAGACCACCAUCACGUCCCUGGGGGAGACCCUCGCUGUCAGGGAGGCAGAACUGUCCGAGGCACAGGAGCAGUUGAGAAGUCUUGAAGAUGCUGCUGAGACAGAGAGAAGGAGAAGAGAAGACAGGAAGGAUGUCUGUGUGUCCACAGCAGACGAUGAAGAGGGGAGGGAAGAAGACCCCAAGGUCCUGGAAUUGAGAAAAGAAGUUACAGAUCUAGAGGAACAGUUAGCAGAUAAAAAUAAGACAAUAAAGAUGCAGCAGCAAAGAUUAGGAGACCUUAAGAAAACACUACAGAGAGAAUUGAAAAUCACCCCAGUGGACGGGGAUACUCCAGAGCUCCGAGACCUUCCCAAGGAGCGAGAUCUCCCAACAGUACCUCCCGGCGCGAUGGCCGGUGCUGCCAUGGCAACGGUCAAGCCGUUCCCGUCCCACCCCAACCUGGGCAUGCCCGACCCACUCAUGCCUGCCGUCAUGGACAUAGACGAGAACGAGAUCAACUUCAGGUACCUCAAACAUGUGGUCCUGAGGUUUGUGGCCAGCAGGGACCAUGAGGCAUACCAGCUGGUGAGGGCCGUGUCCAUGCUUCUGAAGUUCACUCCUGAGGAAGAGAGGAUGGUCAAGGACAUGAUCCAGUACAAGAUGUCGUGGUUUGGCACAAAACCAACAGCUGUCAUCAGACCUUCUGUCAUUUCUGGCGGCUCUCCCAAGUCACCCAACUUUUCAUAGUUACCAGUGAGGUCUUUCAAUCUUCACAACUUUACUUUUUUUUCUUUGUUCCAGCAAUUUUUUUUACAUAAACUGUCAGACAGCAAAAUUAAACAUAGCCAAACGUUUUGCCAUCAACCUGGUAGGAGACAGUGAACGUAUUUAUUUCCCUUUUUAUUACUUCUAGAAGUAUUGUUUUGGGUGACACUAAUUUAUGUGUAGGUUUGUAUGUUUGGCUUCCAAAGUAAAAGGGUGGAGAUUGGGUUUCACUUGAUUGACAGGGUUUGACCUGGUAUGCCCUGGUUUCAAGGAUGUGGUUGCCAGGAAUGUAUGAAACGUAAACUACAGUGUAAUAAUGGAGUGAGUUUUGUCAUGAAGUUGAAUUUAUGAAGUUGUUUUUUUGGAGCAUCAGACCAUUUUACUGGCUGCUGAAAGGGUAUGUGACUUGAGUACAGAAAACUCCAGAUAGUUAAAAGUCUGUAAAUAAUUUGUAAAACGUUUAACUAAAAGAAUUAAAAGACUGGUGAAUAAAGAGCUUCUUUCAUACAUGUACAUACAACGUCAUGUGCAACUAACUACAAUGUAGAUAAUGUUAUAUUAAGACAUGGAAGGCAAAAAUUCUGAGACUAUUUCUUGUUCUUGAAACUUUGGUGCCAUGAUCAGAUAUUGACAUGUAAGACUUCUUUAAACUAAUUAAAGUUAGAUGAGCCAAAACCUCUUUCCAUUGAAAUGGAAAAAGAAGAUUAAGAUUUGGUUCCUGAAACAUU